AUGUUACGAAAACCAACACAUUCGAGGAGUUAUCGAUUCCACAGAGAGCCACAUCUGAAAGAACACAUCAACAGGUAAUUUUGCAUGAAAAUUUGUCAUUGGCUUAUCAGGAGAGGAAUUUCUGAAUUGAAGCUGCAAAUCAAAAUUAUUUUCUUUCUGAAAAAUUCAACAAAAACCUACAAUUUUAUUUUCCCAGGUCAUCUUCGCAAUGCAGUUCUUCCCGACAAAAAGGAGAAGCUCCCCUUGCAUCUCCAGAAAUUGAUUUGACAUCAAACAGCAAAUUUUCGUUCAGUAAAAAUCUUCAGAAAAAAAUCAGUAGGAGUCUGAUAAAGUAGGUUUUUGAGUGAGAUUUCUUUGAUAUUCUGAAAUUUUUUUUCAGAUUUGAACGUCGCCAUUCUUUGGGUCGAGAAAAGAAAAAAGAAUCCAAGGAAGAAAUCGAAAUUGUAAAAGAGCAUCAUUCUGCAGUUGAAUUUGAUCGAGAUUCUAUAAAUUCAUAA